AUGUCUAACGAAACAAUUAGUUUAGAAACUGCUGUUGAAACAGCGGCAUUAACUCUUCUGGAUUUUGUUAUUCCUCCAGAUCCUUUAAUACCUUCAAUACCUUCAAUAUACGAAUCUUUACAAAAAAAUGUUGAACCUAAAGUAAUAGAAUUGGGACAAAGUUUGAGUCAAGCUGUACCUCUUUUGUCUGAAGGAUUUUUGGCACAUUGGCUACCAAUAUUGAAUCAAGUUGAAGUACAGUUAAAAGAAACAGAGAGAACAAACGUUCGAUUAGAAAAUCAAGACAAUUAUGAAUACAUUGCCUUGAGUGUUGGUGUUUUCAUAAUUACUUUUAAUGCUUAUAUAUAUUUGAAUGUUUCUAAUUUAUCGUCACUUUUCAAAUUAAAGUUCUCUAAAAUUCCUCUUUAUCAAUCAAAACUUCAAAAUAUUCGAAAUACAAUGCUUUUAUUGUUAUCUCGAUCCAAGAAUUUGAAACAACGGGUUGACCAACUUAAAUUACUUAAAGAAAAUCAAUUAGCACAGAUAGCACAAAUACAACAACGAGAGAGAACAUUUGAUCAAACUGUUUUGGCUGCCAGAAUAGUUGAGAUUACUCCUGUUGAAAAUCAGUCUGCAGUAAACACGAAAACAGCAAUAAAGAAAAAGAAAAAAAACAAGACAAAAGAUAAGGGAAAAAAUAAAGAAAAAGUUGUAAUAAGGAGAGAAAUUGAAUUUGUAUCAUCUUCGAAGAAUAGUGAAGUAACCAAAGAUAUAUAG